AUGUCUCAUGUGUCACAACUUGCAACAAAGGCAUCAAAGAUCACUGUGUUUGUUUACAAUUAUAUGGUCUUCCUGUCAUGGCUUAGGAAAAGAAAGGGUUGGAAAGAAAUUGUGCGUCCUGGUGCGACAAGGUUUGCUACAACAUUUAUCACAUUGCAUAGCAUAUAUAUGCACAAGCAUGACUUACAAGCUUUAAUCACUGAUAAGCAUUUUGUGAAUCACAAAUUAUUAAGGACCGAAGCUGGAAUAAUUGUUAGUGCCAUCAUAUUAGAUAAUCAAUUUUGGAAUGAAUGUCUUGAAGUUGUGAAGAUUGUGUCUCCUCUUAUAAAAUUGUUGAGAAUUGUUGAUUCAGAUGAGAAGCCUUCUUUGCCUUAUGUUUAUGAAGGCAUGCAAAGGGCAAAAAAAGCAAUUAAGACAGUCUUCACCAAUAAGAAAGACCAAUACAAGCCUUACACAGAUAUAAUCCAAGCCCGAUGGGAUAAGCACUUGAAGACUAAUCUUUAUGCAGCAGCAUAUUUGUUGAACCUUGCCUUCUUGUAUGAUGAUGACUUUGUUCACAAAAGAAGGUUAAUGGAUGCUAUGCUUUCAGUGUUUGAGUCAACUGAAAAUGAAGAUGUUGAUUAUAUUGUGAUGAUGAAGCAGUUGAGCUUGUAUCGUGACCGUAAAGAAUCUUUUGAUAAAACUUCAUGUCAUAGAGCAGCACAGAAGCUAGACCCUUAUGAAUGGUGGUCUUUUUAUGGAAGUUCUGUUCCAGAGUUGCAAAAUCUUACAAUGCGUAUUCUUAGUCAAACUUCUUCCUCUUCUGGUUGUGAGAAAAAUUGGAGCUUGAGCCAAUUGAAGAAAAAGACAAGUUUUGAUCUAAUUGAUUAUGAAUCUAUUGACAAAUUGGACUUUUGGAUUGCUGAAGAGGAACAAGAGCCAGCUCCAGAGUUUGAUGCUGAUGAUGUCAUUAAUUUGGAAAGUGCUAUGCAUAAUGAGAAUGUUGUAGCUUCAUCAGCUUCUGAGAGAAAUAAUGAAGGUGAAGAAGAUAUGAAUAUUUCAGAGCAUCCAUAUUUGAAUAAUGAUGUUGGAAGUGGUUCUGGAAUUCAAUAG